AUAUAGGGAGUAUAAAUUAGUGAACGAGCCAUUCCUCCAAUACCAUUCACCAAUCACUUCCAAUGGCUCACCUCAACAUUUGUGUCAAGUCUAUUCUUGGGUCCUUUGUCCUAAUUGUGCUAACGAUGACGGCUCUGACAUGUCAAGCCGCUACCGAUAGUCAAAACGACACAUUUCGAGAACUCCCCGUGGAGGAGCACUUUGAGAAAUGGAUGGUUUUUCACGGACGCUCUUAUGCAGACGAAUCCGAGAAGGAAAAGCGAUUCAACAUCUUCAAGAAAAACAAAGAGUACGUUGAGUCGUUCAAUAACGCUGGCAAUCACACUUUCACACUUGGCAUCAAUGCAUUUUCCGACAUGACGGACGAGGAGUUUGCCGACAUCUACCUCAGAAGAAAUUGUUCUAGAACUGCGUCAGAACACCGCCCCCGCCGCCCUAGCGGCAAUAAGCCUUUAAUAGAACCACACAAUGGGCCCUUUCAUAAUGUGAGUUUGAGCGCUCUUCCCGUUGCGGUAGACUGGGUGAGGCUAGGCGCUGUCACUAGCGUGAAAAACCAAGGAUCAUGCGGUUGUUGCUGGGCUUUUGCGACGGUGGCGGCGGUGGAGGGGCUGAACAAAAUCCACUACGGGUCACUGGUGGACUUAUCGGAGCAACAACUCAUAGACUGCGAACCUUACUCCGAGGGCUGCGGCGGCGGAAGCAUGGACGACGCGUACGACUACGUGGUGGAGAACGACAGGUUAGCCAAGGAGAAAGACUACCCGUACGUCGGCCAGAAGCGGACAUGCCGCGACGACAAGGUGGAAAGCGUAGCCAGCAUCAAGGGAUACGCCUCCGUCCCCUCGCUGCACAACGAGGCGGCGCUCCUCGCCGCCGUGGCGGGGCAGCCCGUCUCCGCCUCGAUAGCUUUCGGGGACGAUUAUGUCCCCAGGUUCAAGAAUUACCGCGGGGGCGUUUACUCCCCGGAUCCCCGCGGGUACUGCGGGGAUCCGAAAGGUAACUUCCACGAUAUCGCUAUCGUGGGGUACCUCCCUUCCUAUUGGAUCAUAAAGAAUUCUUGGGGGACGGGGUGGGGGGAGGGCGGGUAUAUGAGGUUGGCUAGGCAAGCCAAUGUAGUGGGACCCUGCGGCAUUUUCCGUGAGGCCGUUCAUCCCAUUCCUUACCCUAUCGAUGCCAAACCAUCCCCUCCUAUGGCCUCGUGAAGAAUUCUUUUCUUUUUUUUUCAUUUUCUCUCUUUUAAAACUAUUUUUCUCUCUUUCUCUGACUCCCUUAAUUAUGUACACUUUAUUUUUCUCACUUGAUUUUUAUUUAAACCUUCCAAAUAAUAUCAAUAAAAAUUACUCCAUAUA